CUAAUCAUAUUAAAUAAUCUAGUUAAACUAUGAUGAAAUAUAAAAAUGAUAAGAAAUAAAUUUUAUUAAAUGAUAAUGAUGUGGGUGUUUGGCUACGGGUCCUUAAUAUGGAAGGUUGAAUUUCCUUAUGAAGUAAAACUUGUAGGUUAUAUUAAAGGAUACGUAAGGAGAUUUUACCAGCACAGUACCGAUCACAGGGGCGUCCCGGGGAAGCCUGGGAGAGUGGUAACUUUAAUAGCCAGUGAUGACCCCAACAGUUCAGUAUGGGGUGUGGCUUACAAAAUUAAACCAGAAAAUGUAGAUACAGUGACCAAGUAUUUAGACUUCAGAGAAAAGAAUGGCUAUAGUCAGAAAACUGUCACAUUCCAUCCAAAAGAUAAGACAUAUGAACUUUUUGACUUGACUUUGUACAUUGCUACUGAGAAUAAUGAAUCUUUUGCAGGUCCAGCCCCCAUAGAAGAAAUAGCAAAACAAGUAGUUGUUAGUGAAGGGCCCAGUGGGCCCAAUAAGGAGUAUGUGUACAAGCUAGCGGCAGCCAUGCGGCAAUUAGCACCUGAUGUGGAUGAUGACCACCUCUUCUCGCUAGAACAGGAGGUGAGAAAAUUAGACACUCACUCAAAAUGAAACAUGUGAUCAUGAUACUUAGAAAAAUUGUAUAUUUUAUCAAUGUACUAAAUAAAAUAUAUUUCUGUUAAA